GAUUCUCAAGGUGAACAACUGGGCGAUAAUGUUUUGAUACCGAAAAGUUCAAUCACUAGACCGCGAGACUUAAGAUCGUCUAAGAAGAAAAAGACAACAUUUUCAACUCCGUUCUCUCGGGCGUCUGCGGCUCGUUGUUCGCUUGGUGCAACUAGUCAUGCAUGGUUCGAUGCAGCAGAACGAGCAGAGUUCAACACAGAGACGAAAUCUUCAACAACAUGGUCUCAACAGAGUGGAAUGUUUACGAUUGCCAAGGACGAUUUGCCCCUGGAAUACGAUAAGAGUUUGCUCAAAAGAGCAAGAUUAGUUACUUUCAAGGGUCCACUGGAAGUAGAACAGGCAGGAUGCCGUCUUCAACCAGUCCUUGAUAAGGUCAUUGGACGCUUUUGGGGCUUACGAAUAGCAAACGUUGAUCAAUCGCCUUGGUCUGAAUUCCCUUUUCACCACAAUGAUGUAAUCGUACGGGUUAAUGAUGAGGAUUUCUUUGGAGAAUCCAGAGAUAACCUGUCGUCUGCUCUCAUUGAAGCAUUUUCAAAGCCACAAAUUACCGUAAUCAGUUUACUUAAAGAAGAAGACUUUCCUUAUCCCUUUCCUACAAUUUCCAGGCCAAGUCCUCAACUAAUUGGUAAGGAAUCGCCCAAUUCAUGCCAAACUCCCAAUCAAUCCAGAAUUUCUCCCGUCUCGAAUAUUAAAAAUUUAAAUGCUUUCAAUACCCGCGCAAUCGGGCAAAUGAUUUCUGUCGAUCUCAUCAAGCUGGCAGAUGGAGGAUUCGGAAUUUCUUUUGCAACUAGAGACGCUCUGGUUAACACUAAUGAGAUUCAGCCUGUUUUCAUUGAAAGAAUCAUGCCGACUGGUUCUGCAAUCCAGGAUGGCCGCCUUCAGUUCGGUGACAGACUUCUUUCGAUCAAUGGGUUAAAAGUGACUACAUUCAAAGAAGCCAUGAAGGCUCUUCGGUCCAUUGGGGUUGGGGAAGAGGCGCGUCUCAUUUUCUCUCGUCAGAAUUCGAUGGUCGGUCCUGCUCACGCAUCGCCCUGCUCGAGUUCGUCGGCCAGUCCCGUCGAUUUCCUAAAUGACGGGCUACUUUUAAAAGCCUCGAGUCCCAGCCUUGAAUCCGAAUUGGGGCCACCAGUCCGCCGAAGAAUGGUUUUUGAGAUUCCUGUGCCGCAUCCCGACUCCGGGAUUUCUGGCUUGGGGAUUCGCUUUGAGAUGUGGACGAAACCUCAUGUAAUCCACCCUCCUGUCCACAGUAAAUCGAAUGAACCCAAAGAAGAGUUGUUCGACGAUAAGGGGGAUUACCCGGGGCUGUUUGUCAAACAGGUAUUGACUGACAGCCCCGCCGAUACCACCUCCGCCUCGGGCACUGUAAGGCCGGGCGAUCGGCUGGUUGAGGUCAACAACCGUUGUGUUAUCGGUCUUUCGCUGAAUGAAAUUAAAAGUAUCCUCAAGGAAGCGGUCGAAAAAGCCCAAGUCAGAACUGUCCAAAAAAACAAACAGGUCUUUCUCCAAUUAACAGUGGAUCGGUUUUACCAUCGCUCCGAAAAAUCUGGUGCGAUCCGUGACUCAUGUUCUGGAUCCAAACCUAUCUUGCAUCAGGCAGAAGAUUCGAGUCGUGAUCACCAACAUUCUCAAAAUACCACCCCCGGCCGGGAGACUCUUUCGAAAAAGAUGGAUGUGGGGCAUCCACCGCACCGAGUACCACGGACUCCCUCCGUGGACUCCCGGGGUCGUUCCAGACGCGAAAAAGAGAGCAGGUCCUCUUCUGUUUCCCCUGUCCGUUGCCAGUCGGCUUUCACACGUGACGCCAUUGGUCGGCGCAGUGUUUCAGAAAAACGCCAUGCUCACAUGAGUGCUACUAAUUUCAUCUACUACAAUGAAAAUGUUCUGCCUCUAAGAAAUAAAGGCGAUGACCAGGGCGCUCGUCUUUACUCGACAAUGCCGGCAUCACGAAAAAUUCGACAACUUCGUCGAUCUAGACAGGGUCGCGCCUCGGGUCCGGUCAAACCAAUCCACAGAGAGGACUUGGAGAAACCGCCAGAGACUAUGGAAGCUGAAACCCCAGAUGUCGCUUCACCGUCACCCCUCCGAAACCAAAGGGACGAUGAUGUCCUUCGAACAGAUGCCGCCGAUGAGCAUGGGCCAUUAGAGCCUCCAGCCCCCACACUCGUCUCCCGUGCUCGAUCACAAAACCACAGUUUUCGAGCUGCAGUAAAUCCACGGCCUCGUCUCCGAUCCCCACCACCGAACCCCACCCAAGACGCUGAUCAUUCAGAGUUCGAAGUUGCACAUCAACCUGAAUCUCCUCCAAUCCCCACGAGACGAUCGAAGAUCCUAUCAUCUGCCAAAGAUUUAUCAACUUCGAGUAGUUCUGAUAAACCACCUCAACAACCCUUAUCAUCAUUUCAUAGCACUUCUGAAGCAGCCCAUCGCAAGCCUUCCCAAGAUUGUAUGCAGUAUCAUCGUAACAAUAAAAAAGAGGCAUUUUCUCAUUCUUCCUCUUUCCGAAAAAGUUCCGUUGGGUUACUCAGCAACAAAGACGUCAUUUAUAACGCCCCGACAACUAACCCAAAUAGUGAUUUCUCCUACUCUGUCAGCCUCACUGGUGCCAGACCCGUACCCUUCGACCCUCAGAGAACUCCAUCUCCCGUAGAAUUCAACGCUUACGCAGCUGAACAAGAAAGAGAUCCCUAUUACCCUCCUUCACUACCUCAACAGAAACCCUCCUGUAACAAACCAGCGUCCAAGUUCCUAGAGGAGGUAGAAACUUGCCUUCCAAAAAGGCGAAUUGGCCGAUCAAAUGAAACACCUCAAAUGGAGGAACUAAGCUGCACGAAUUCAGAUCCAGCGCUCACACCUUCUUAUGCGAGCAGGAUAACACAUCCUUUUCCACUUGCGAUGCGAGACGGUUACGCCACUACCCCAAUGAUCACGACUCGAAAAACUAACUUUUCGGUUGGAAGACAUUCUCAGAAGGCGAUUCCCAUGGAAAAAAGAGAUUUAGAGUCAAAAAUCGCUAAUGACCGUUUUAUGAUGCCCCAAACAAAGUUGCACCCCCACCAAGGUCGAACCAAACUGCAAAUGAAAUCGGCGUCGCCACAUGCUAUUGUGCGGUCCCGAUCCCCACCUCUUGUUUACUCCAACGACGUAGGAUGUGGCCAUGGGAAGCACUCGAAUUCAACUUUUACCAGCCAGUCCAACUUCUCCUCCAGUUCCGCGCACCACUUACCCGAAAAUCCAACAACUACGCAAUCCCGCUCCCGCGUCAAGAGCAACAUCAUCCACCGAAUGGACUUCAUCCUGACAUUUUACCUGCAGUCUUCAGGUGCAGGCUUCAGUCGAAUCCCUGCUCGGCCGCAUCUUUCCGCUACAAACAAACACCAUCCUCAUAAUGGCGUCCAUGACGACCGAUUGAAUCGAUCAAGCAGUCUUUCUCGCCACAUCCCUCAGUCAGAAGACCCGGGCCGCCCGAGAUCUUACAAGUCGCCCGAGCGUGCGGUGAGGUAG